CAGACGUGUUAAGCAUUCAUUUUUUUACUUUUUAGACGGAUAAGUGGGUCAGACAAUUUCUUAACGUAAAAUUGGUAAGUACUAACUAAGAAAUCACCAUUUUGCAAUAUCUCUUUACAUCAAUUACUUUAUAAAUUACUUUAAAAGUAAAAAAUUUAAAAAAAAAAUUAUUUCCAUUUUUAUAAAUAAACUUUAUCAUAAUAAAUUACAUAUUGAUAUCAAACGUGUUUACAUUCAUCUUGUUGUUCAAUUCAAAUUGAUCAUUAUUCAAAUUUUUACUAUUUUUGAACUACAAAUAGAAGAGCGUACUUAUUUCGAAUUUUCUAAAUUUAAAAGAUAAGAUUAUAUUUUUUUGAUGCAUCACCAUUCUGGAAAUCUGACAUAGAGCUGAAUCUUACCUCGCCACAUUGACGAGUUGUUUUAUGUGUUAAAAAAUGACCUGAUCAUGCCACACACAAAAAAAAAACUCAGAUUUACUAAGCACAAAUGAUACUAGACACCCUACCAUUGGCAACAAAAACAAAUUAUUCAGGAACAUGCAAGGUUGUCAGGAUUAACUACUGAGCUCCACAAGGAACUAAUCAAUGCUUUUCUUUCUUUUUUUAUAUAAUACUCCAUAAAUUUGUAUAUGUUUAAAGUUUAGAAAGUAAUGAAUUACCAGCGAAUGAUCUAGAUUCUUACAUAAAUUGUAUGUCGCAUAAAAAGAUCACAGUAGUAAACAGACCAUACCGAUUUCAUUACAUCCGAUUUGAUACGACACCUUUAAAUUAAAUAAAAUGAAUCAAGUUGAUCUUUUUAGUAGAAAUGUACGUUUAUAAAUCCUUUACACAUUUUAUAUUAUGGAUUAAACUUUACCUAAUAUUUCUUAUAAUAUUUUAGUUUAAUAAAAGGUAAAAUCACCAAUUUAGGGACAUAAAAUUUACAUAAUGUAUAAAAAAAAAUUGUAAUUUCUUUUUAAAUAAAUAUUUAAUUUAGCAGUGGAAUUUUAUUUUAUUUUUUAUUUACCAUCUUUGAAUUCAUUUUCGGGAAGAUUUAACUGAUAAUUAUUGCUUUACUGAAACACAUUUUUUAAAAAAUAAAGUUAAAAGAGUUUUCCUGUUGUCAGAUUGCAUUGCCUUUAAAUCAAGAACGACAAUGCAGAGCAUCGAGGUGAUGCCGCUUUUAAAUACAGCAUGCACCAAAAAUCACAGUAUUGAAAACCCGAAUCUUGCAGUGUUUAGUGCGCUGGUCAACGGUGCUCAGCUCCAGCCGUUCCGUGUUCCUAGAAGUGGAAACUAAUUAUAUGCGUUGCAAUAGUUGUUGUAAAAUGGGUCCUCAACUGAGAAAAGAAAUCAUAGUUGACGAUCAUUAUAGCUCAUAAGUAAGUAAUUAACGGAUUGUGAAAGGGGGGUCGCAUUUAAAUAAAUGUGGGAGAACAGUGUCAGGGGCGUACUUAAUAAGACGUCAUUAAGUCACACUGUCUAUUAGUACGACAUUUUAAUGGUCUUAAGUUUUUUUUUGUGUCAAUCAACCUUUGAGGAAAUCUGAUCAACCAGUUAGCUUUUUUUUUGAUAGUGGGCAUUACGCCAGUGAUCUCCAGAACGUGCUGCGUAUGCCUCUUUGGUGUUCAUAAGCACCUCUUUGAAACAGGAUCUCAACGACAUUUACCUGCCAAAGAGAUAAGAAUUUUUUUCAAAUCUAUUGUCCCAUGGCAGCUGGACUUGCGCACCGUUGACAAAUAGAAUUACGCUUUCACGAUGCGAACUUUGCAGUAUUGCUAGUUUUGGGGUAUUUGGUCGAUGGCAGUUAUUUCAUUUCAUUAAUUAUGUUAGGAUAAUAAUGUUUACUUUUAGAUAAAUUGCACUGAAUAAAUGUUACAAAAAAUAUACAAAAUUGUGUGUUAUUUUUAAAAAAAACCACAUUAAUUCCUCCUUUAAAACUAAGAAAAUAUUUAUUUUACCACUAACAUAAACAAAUAUUUGAAAGCCUACAUGACACUAUUUUUAAUGCAUUGACUAUCAGCUCUGACAAUUCAUAAUAUUUAAUUUACAUUAAUUUUGUAUAGUAUACGAUAUGUGCCAUAUUCAAAAGUAGGUAUAGUCCCAAUUCUUAAAAAAAAAAUUAAAAAAACAGAUACUUAAAAUUAUAAUUUGUUCGAGUCAUAAAAACAAGGUAUAAUUCAGAUUUUUUUUCCCCCACAACUAGCUCUAUAUCAGAUUUUUAGACCCAGGCUAGGUCCUGAUUCUUUCAAUAACUGAUAUUGCAAAUUAAAAUAUAUGAUAUUUUUUGUCAUUUAUUUUUAUAGGAAUUUUAUAAUAUAUAUUCGUUACAGCUACAAUACAUUCAAGGUCAGGUGUCUAAAAUCUCAUACGGCCUGUUGCUGUAUGAUACUCGCAAGUUUUCAGGUCAGCAUGUUCAGCGCAUCUCUGUUUGACAUCAUCGUAUUUCGUCAGUUGUUUCGGUCUACCACGAUUCGAGUAAAUUAUACGAUUUACCCAACGAAAUUUUUAUUUACUGCACGCUGGCCGAGACAACCGUUAGCAUUGGAUGAUACUUUUACGCCAUGGCCAGCGCAUUGGUCGAGAAUGGUUUGGAGAUGGACUUCCUUGAAAAUUCUCUUGCUAUUAACAACCAACAUUCAACGUUCGGAUACAGUAGGCCUACGGCAGUCAAGAAUGGGGCAAGGGCAAAAAUAAAAUUACCACUCAGAAGUUCACAUACGUCUUUAUCUUCUGCUCUCAUUGAGAAUAUCCACGCUCCUGGAAAUGAGGAUGCAUUAAUUAAAAUUAUGGCAGAACUCCCUUUAACUGCAACACGAGAGAUCUACGCCAAGUACAUGUCAGCUAUUUCUUCCGUGAGUCAAUUCGAAUCGCUCCCACUUAAUUUUGUUAUCUUUUGUGCCAAUGACAUGGAAACCAACGGAGAGAUAAUUAAAUGCGAGCCCCUGCUAAGCAAAUGUGAAAAUCUACGGCAAUGUUUACCUUUGAAGUUCAUAGAUAGACUAAAAGAAAAGCUUAACGACCUCAGUUUACAGGAUCGGGAAGCAUUGACCACUUCAGGACUAUCACCAGGAGGUCACAAUUUCAGAAACAUAUCUGCAGUAGUUGCGUCAACUAAUGAAAUCGGUUCUUAUAUCCGGUCAGAUUUUGAAUUUCUAAGCAAUGAUGCUGUUGACGGACUUUCGAGCAGCACAGAAAGAUCUAAUGUGUUACGUGAAAAUAGCACUAGUCCACGCUCAAUAGAAGCGUCAUUGGGAUCUUAUAAUUUUGCAAAUGCUUUAGCUUACGGCCCAGAAAUGCUCGAAGAAAAUGAAAAUCGCAGAACGGAUUCCCAAACAGAGACAUUAUUUGGCCAGAAACACACCCUGGUUGGAGAAAGUAAUAACAUCGAGUCAAGAGAGCGGAAAGCUAACUCGAGCAUCAUGGAGGCAUUAUUAGCUGUUACGAAUGAGAACAAGUUGCUGGAGGACUGCAAGCUCUGCGUUAAGUGUCGCGACAAGCCAAGGGGUAUCACCUUUCUCCCGUGCGGUCAUUUCACCAUGUGCAGGGAGUGUGCCGGCCCGACUUAUAUCUGUAGCACGUGUAAUAAAAGUGUACUGGCCACUGUUGAUACCUUCCUAAGUUAGUUAAUUAAUGCCCUGUGCCUUGUGAAAUGCGAUAGUCAUGCUUAUAAAAAUUGUUUUUAAAAAAUAACUAAUACUUAAACAAAUUAUCUUAAUUUUAUCAAAGUUUUUAAGUUACUAAAGAUUUAUUUAAACUCUUUAUUGUUGAAACUUUAUCUUAUAGAUUCCAAGAUCAUUCACAGUUUUGUUUUGAACUUUAAAAAAAUGUAUUUUUGUUAAUCAUAUAUUUAAAAAAACACUUAGCAUGCAGUAUCGUUUUUUGUAUAUGUAUAAAUAACAAUGAAACAAUUUGUGUCUGUUCACAUAGAAACACAGAAGAUUGAAAAAGGGCGUAUAUUUUAUAUUCAUUUUAAAUUUCGCAUUAUUAAAAACUCAAGAAAAUAAGUUUGUUCCAAUUUAUUUCAUUUGUGCCAUGCAUACUUCAAUGAAAGAAACAUGCCUUAAAUAUAUUUUUUUUUUAAAUGAUUCAUUACACUUUUUCAUUAACCACGUACACAACUUUUUUUUUAAAAAUAAUAAAACAGAAUAAUUUGUUUUUUGUUUGAUGUACAUUUCAUGUGUAGACAUUUUCAGACAUUUUAUUACAAUGGACAGCAACUGACAUCAUCCACAUAACAUACUAAAAGUGUAAUCAAUAUUUGACAUAAAACAUACAAAACUAAAGUGUAUGCACCACGUUCAGUGUAAAAGCUUUGGUUUGUGGCAUACGUUGCGGGUGGAUUAUUAUUGUAUAUUAUAUUAUACAUAUACACGCAUGUGAUCUUUUGCCGAGUCGAUUUUGUUUUCGUCUGCUACGUAUACAAUUACAACGCGUCUUAUCGUGACAUAUUAUAAUCGCUUAGCUAAUAGUUUAACCACGACACACAUUUUUGUUAUUUAUUUAAAUCCCAUAGUAGUACAAAUCUGAAUGGCGUGAGCACUUGCCAUUGAAAUGUGUUUAAGCUGGAGAGGGUGUCAACAAUGAUAUAAUAUAGCGACGGUACUUUUAUUGCGCGGGAUCGGGAAUGAUACAAUCACGUGGUUUUCAAACUUUUAGCUUUUCUGAAAAGAUGAACAUUAUCAAAAAUGAUUAUAAUUAUUAUUA